GGAACUCUUAUUGGUAGUAGUAUAGCUACAAUCCAGAAGAGCGCUGCUCCUGAGAUGCUUCUUGCACUGAUGGAUGAGGCAUACACUGGUUCUGCAAUAGAAGAUUCUAGGGGUAAUUCAGGUUCUGAUGAUAGUAGUCCCCUAGACCUCGCUGACCCAAUGUUCCUAGACCUUCUAAAAGAUGAGAAUGAUGGUAUUGCCGCAAAACAUUGGAUAUCUCCUACAAUAUCUUCGACAUUACAAGUGGCAGUUAACAGUCCACAAUCGGACAGAUUAAAACAGUCACUGGAAAUGGCACCUCGCUUUCUUUCUUUGUAUUUUGCAAUUGCAUUACGGGACGUUAAUGACUCGCUGUUGUGUGCUCUUAUUCCAGUAGUUAUGUCAAGAUAUGCUGCAAUGUUCCCAGACAAGGUUUUCUCAUUCGAGGUCAGGAAAAGACUGUCGGAUUUCAUAUUGGCUGCCUUCCAGCGGUCUCCUGACAUCAUUGCAGUACUAAAAGUAAUGUGUAAAUUUGUGUUCUUUAUUUCUUACUAUACAUACAAGUCAGAACUUCGAAGUCUGAACCAAAUAAAUGCCCAUGUUAUGUAG